CUCAUGGAGUCACGACCAAAGACUUAAAAGAUUUGUAAUCUUUUCAUUAAAGCAAAGACUCUUCAUAUGAUCUCUCUCUCUCUCCAUCUUUCUCUCUUUCCUCUAAGCUUUUUCCAUGGUUUCGUUCUUCUUCACCUUCUUUUCUCUCUUCUUUCUCUGUAUCCAUGUCUCUUCCGCCGCCGAUACAAUCUCCUCCGACUUUACUCUCUCCGGCGACCAGACACUCGUCUCCUCCAACGAAACUUUCGAAAUGGGUUUCUUUGAAACAGGCACCUCUUCAAAUUUCUACAUAGGUAUGUGGUAUAAGCAACUCUCUCAACGAACCGUCGUCUGGGUAGCUAAUCGAGACAAAUCAGUCACCGACAAGAACGCAUCGGUUCUCAAAAUCUCCGACGGAAACUUAGUUUUACUCGACGGCAAAAACCAGACUCCGGUUUGGUCCACCGGUCUCAAUUCCACAAACACUUCCUCUGUUCUCAAAGCGGUUUUGCAAGAUGACGGCAAUCUCGUUCUCAGAGACGAAUCCGGCUCUGUUCUAUGGCAAAGCUUUGAUCAUCCUGGUAACACGUGGCUUCCCGGAGUCAAAAUCCGGUUAGAUAAACGAACCGGAAAGAGUCAACGACUCACCUCGUGGAAGAAUGAUGAUGACCCAUCACCAGGUUUGUUCUCUCUCGAGCUAGACGAGUCCACAGCUUACAAAAUCCUCUGGAAUGGAACGACUCAGUACUGGUCAAGUGGUCCUUGGAACUCUCAGAGCAGGAUCUUCGAUUCAGUCCCCGAAAUGAGACUCAACUACAUCUACAACUUCAGCUUUUUCACUAACGCGACAGAGUCAUACUUCACUUACACGAUCUACAACCACUUGAAUGUGUCACGGUUCGUCAUGGAUGUGUCUGGACAGAUCAAGCAGUUCAAUUGGUUAGAGGCCAACAACCUAUGGAACCAGUUCUGGUCUCAGCCUCGGGAACAGUGCCAAGUCUAUGCUUACUGUGGCUCUUUUGGGAUAUGCAAUGAGAAGUCUCAACCUUUUUGCCAAUGUCCUCGAGGGUUUAGGCCCGAUUCGCAAAAAGAUUGGGACUUGAAGGACUACUCUGCAGGGUGCGUCAGAAACACUGAGCUACAAUGCUCUCGUGGAGACAUUAACCAGUUUCUGCCUCUUUCCAACGUGAAAUUACCUGACAAUCCAGAUGUAGUGGUCAUAACGAGUCUUGGUAAUUGUGCAUCUGCUUGCCAAGGGAACUGUUCUUGCAAGGCUUAUGCGCAUGAUCAAGGCUCGAACCGGUGCUCGAGUUGGAGUAAAGAUGUGUUGAAUCUUCAGCAACUCGAAGAAGAUAACAGCGAAGGGAAUACGUUGUAUCUUAGACUCGCUGCUUCCGACAUGCCUAGUGAAUCUUCCGGUAAGAGUAACAAACUGAUGAUAUUUGGCGCGGUUCUAGGCUCUUUAGGUGCAAUAGCUCUCGUUCUGUUGGUGGUAAUCUUAAUCUUAAGGUACCGGAGGAGGAAGAGAAUGGGAAGAGAGAAGAGUGAUGGUACGUUGUCUGCUUUUAGCUACAGAGAAUUACAGAACGCGACUAAGAAUUUCUCGGAGAAGUUAGGAGGAGGAGGUUUUGGUUCGGUGUUCAAAGGGGCUUUACAGGAUUCUAGUGACAUUGCAGUGAAGAGGCUUGAAGGUAUUAGCCAAGGAGAGAAGCAGUUUAGGACAGAAGUAGUGACCAUAGGAACAAUCCAACACAUGAAUCUAGUGAGGCUUCGUGGGUUUUGCUCCGAAGGAAACAAGAAGUUGCUGGUUUAUGAUUACAUGCCUAAUGGUUCUUUGGAUUCACAUCUUUUCAUCGACCAAACCGAAGAGAAGAUCGUCCUCGGGUGGAAACUGCGUUACCAAAUAGCGUUAGGGACGGCUAGAGGAUUGGCUUAUUUACACGAUGAAUGUAGAGACUGUAUCAUCCACUGCGAUAUAAAACCGGAAAACAUCUUGUUAGAUUCACAGUUCGGUCCCAAAGUUGCUGAUUUCGGUUUAGCUAAGCUUGUUGGUCGAGAUUUUAGCAGGGUUUUGACGACAAUGAGAGGCACUAGAGGCUAUCUUGCACCGGAAUGGAUCUCUGGAGUUGCCAUAACAGCGAAAGCUGAUGUUUACAGCUACGGGAUGAUGCUGUUCGAGCUUGUUUCAGGGAGAAGAAACACUGAGCAAUCAGAGAACGGGAAAGUCAGAUUCUUUCCGAGUUUGGCUGCAACUGUACUCACCAAAGAUGGAGACAUCCGAUCUCUGCUUGACACGAGACUAGAUGGUGAGCCAGUGGACGUAGAGGAGCUCACGAGAGCUUGUAAAGUGGCGUGUUGGUGCAUACAGGACGAGGAGAGUCAUAGACCAACGAUGAGUCAAGUUGUUCAGAUUCUUGAAGGUGUUUUGGAAGUGAAUCCUCCGCCGUUUCCAAGAUCGAUCCAAGCUUUAGUUGAAAACGAUGGAUCUGUGGUCUUCUUCACCGAGUCGUCAUCUUCGUCGAGCCAUAAUUCUUCACAGAAACAGAGCCAUUCUUCUUCCUCUUCUUCUUCCAAGAAAACGAGCACCAAUAACUCCUCGGCUUAGUUGAUGUAAACUCAUGUUUAUCAUCUAUCUGUUUAAUUAGUUGUAACAUGGUAAGUAAUAACUGAAUUUUUCUUCCACUGUAUAAUUAUUUAUUUGUUACAAGAACGUGCAAAGUUUUUCAGA